UCUAUGAAUCCACAACUUUCAAGAAGUUUCUGGAUCUGUAGAAUUAUUGUUGGCAGAGAAGUGAUGACAACAUAGACUGAACAAGAAGCAAAAAUCUGAAAACAGAGACUUUUUAACGUACUUUUUUAUUAUUAUUUUGCAGCGUAUUUGGAAGACGCACGUUUCCUGAUCAUGUUGUUCAAAAGUUUAUUGGACUGGCUGGACAUGAAGUGGUUUCUGUUAUUCCUCUGUGUGUUUUUGUUGAUUUGGGACUAUGUCAAGACCAAAACAACCCCCAACUUUCCACCGGGCCCAAGGGCAUUUCCUUUCGUGGGGAACGUAUUCUAUUUAGAUCCCCUUUCACCCCACAAAUAUCUGACUAAGAUGGCUGAGGUGCAUGGGGAUGUGUACAGCGUGCGUCUUGGUCAACAGGUGUUUGUGAUGGUGACAGGCUUCAAGAUGGCGAGAGAAGCGCUGAUGGGUCAAGCAGAUAACUUUGUCAGCAGAUCUCCAAGCGCAAUAAGUGACCGCGUAUACGCAGGAAAAGGCUUGUUCUUGAGCAAUGGCCUUCUAUGGAAGAAACAGAGGCGCUUUGCUCUGGCUACCUUGCGGGGUCUGGGGGUUGGGAAGGGCUCUCUAGAACGGGCCAUCCAAGAGGAAAGCAAAAUCAUUCAAGAUGAAGUGAGCCAUGAAAAAGGUGAACCUUUCAACCCCAAACAAAUGUUUCAUAAUGGGGUGGCAAACAUCAUAUGUGCCAUGGUGUUUGGACACCGGUUUGAAUACACCGACCAGCGCUUCCAGAGGAUACUACACGUGGUGUCAGAAACUAUGUACCUGCAAAGCACAAUAUGGGCAAUGCUGUAUGAGAUCUUUCCCAGCCUAAUGAAGAUUCUCCCAGGCAAACACAAUGGCAUUUUCCAUGGUUUUGAAGAGGUGUCAGGCUACAUCCGAGAAGAGCUAGAGAAACACAAAAAGGACAGAGAUCCCGCCGCUCCACGAGACUACAUCGAUACUUUCCUCGACGAGAUGGAAACCACUACUGAACCACCCGAGGCUGGGUUCAGUGAAGCGAACUUGGUAUUGUGUAUUGUGGACCUGCUGAUAGCUGGCACAGAAACCACGUACACCACCCUGCUGUGGGCAGUACUCUUUAUGAUCAAGUUCCCCGACGUUCAAAAGAGGGUUCAAGAGGAGAUUGAUGCAGUCGUGGGUAAGUCUCGUCUCCCAUCGAUGGCAGACAGAUCCAGUUUGCCCUACACAGAUGCAGUGAUCCAUGAAAGUCAAAGAAUGGGCAACAUCUUACCUCUGGGAGUACCUUACAUGACAGUUAGAGACACCACAUUAGGAGGGUAUUUUAUUCCAAAGGGCUCAAAUGUGCUUUUUAACUUGAACUCAGUGCUGCUUGACGAAAAUGAAUGGAAAACCCCAAACAGCUUUGAUCCUGAAAACUUCCUGGAUGCUGAUGGCAAGUUUGUGAGGAAAGCUGCCUUCCUGGCAUUUUCAGCAGGGAAAAGGGUCUGCUUGGGAGAACCAUUAGCCCGGAUGGAACUCUUCCUGUUUUUCACCUCCCUCCUCCAGAAAUUUACUUUCUCUGUCCCAGAGGGCGAAGAUCCAAGUUUGGAGCCUGCAGGCGGAGGAAUAGUUGCACCGCAGCCCUAUAAAAUCUGCGCCCACACGCGCUGAAUCUGCAGCUGACUAUUUAUACAGAUAUUCAGUUAUUCAAAUGUAAUCAGUUUAUCAUUCAAACACUGUCUAUUGGCAGUUGUUAUUUUUAAUAAACGAGAGUUAA